AAUAAAAUGGCUUGGCAUUUCCGGUUACCGUGUUAUACGUGCAUUAUCCUUAGCCUGCUGAUGCAGGAAGGUCAUUCAAGGAAGAGGAACGACGACGAAGUGGAACCUCUGUACUCAAAAGCGGUCAAUGUUCACGUUGGGCUCGGCAACAAUUUGGAAACAAGUCUAGCUGAACCUGCCAUGGGAAAGUUGGUGCAGUUUUUGAACACCUACUGCGGAAACUGCCGCAGAUUCGCACCCACGUUUAAGAAAAUGGCUGUUGAGCUGCAGAAGUGGAGCCGUGUACUCCGGAUAUAUGCUGUUGACUGUGCCCAUUGGGACAAUGUGAAGUUGUGUCGGGAUUUUCGCAUUAGGUUCACGCCUACACUGCGCUACUUUCCCUCCAAAUUUCAGAGAUCGGGUGGAGAAACUGGCACAGAAAUUGACUCAAAAAUUCCGAGGGAAAUUGAGAAGCAGCUCAUUGAAAGUCUGUCCCAAAAUGACUACAGUGGCAGCAAAGGCGUGAAGCCCAACUUCGACCCCAUAGAGCCGGAUGACAAUCUGCAAGAAGUCUACGCCCAGUUCGACAACCAGGUGACGUACAUUUUGCUGGUCCAUCCAGCCGAGAUUGGAACAGAAACCAUACUCCACAUGCUGCCCUUUCCGGAUGUGGGCGUGCGCAUCAUCAAGGAUGCCCAAAUGUUCGCCAACUUCGGACUGCAGCCUUGCAGGCAGAAGUUGGCCCUUUUGAAUAGAGCUGGAGCAGUCCAACCACUCCGGAAUGUCGGUCAAAGUAGCGCUGCUUACGUGCACAGCGUGGCUGGGUUCCUGCAGCAAAAUGGGCACACAAGAGUGCCCACAUUGCCAACAACACCAGCUCCAGAAAAUAACCUUUCGCAAGGAUACGACGCUUUCAUUGUGGACUAUGUGCUGAGCUCAAAGAAGGUGCUCUUCCAGGCGGACUUGGAGCAGGCCAUCUACCAGUUCCUGCACGUUGAGAUACCAAGGACGCCAUUCAUAAGUGGCUACAGGUUUAAGGCACUGCGUCAUAUCAUCCGCCUGUUCCGACGCUUCAAUGUGCUGAGCCAAGACGGUAGGCGAAUGCUGAACAGCCUGGUGAAGCACCUAUUCGAGGUCGACGAAAUCACCGGAGAGGAGUUCCGCCAUGUGCUGGAUGAUCUGCAAACACGGUUGGAGCCCAUCUUUGGGGAUCGACAAUAUGUCGGCUGCCUGGGCUCCACGCUACAUACGCGACGCUUCAGCUGCUCCUUGUGGACACUGUUCCACUACUUGACCGUGCUGGCGGCCCAGAGGAAGGUGUAUCCGCCCAGCUCCGUGGCAAUUGGCCUUUACGGACUUGCGAAGUACUUCUACGGCUGCGCGGAUGGUUCCAAGCACUUCAUGGAGAUGGCGAAGCGGCGGAAGAUCGCGCAGGUGACCUCCCAUGACGAGGAGAUCCUGUGGCUGUGGGAGGCCCACAACGAGGUCAAUGAACGACUAGCUGGGGACUCCGCGGAGGAUCCGCGCUUUCCCAAAGUCCAGUUUCCGGAGCGGAAGCAUUGCCCGGACUGCUACGGCUCAGACUCAGACUCGGAUGAAUUUGAUAGAGAUGAGGUGCUGAGAUACCUAAAACGCGUGUAUGAUUUGGAUUAUCUAAGCUUGGAACGUUUGCCAGGCGGUGCACGACGAGAUACAAAUGCAAAUGAACAUAAAAGUCGAUGAGAAAUACUGUAAAUGCAAUGCAAGUAAGAAAGAUAUUUUUUGAUUUGCUGCUCCUGUACCCAUGUUACCUUGAAUCGAUUUCCGAAGCAUACACACACUUUUAAUAUAUAUAUGAAAUUCGUGAAUUCUUUUGGGUGUGCCUGGAUAGAAUA